CUGUACGUAAUUGCGUCACAGCUGGAUUGCUAUAAAAGGAGGGCCGUGAGGGGGUUUCUGUCUUUCGCGAGGCCACGCCGUCAUGGCGCCGCAAAAAGACAAGAAGCUGAAAAAGUCAGCUUGUAAAUACAGCCUUGAUCUCACCCAUCCUGUAGAAGAUGGAAUCUUUGAUUCAGGAAAUUUUGAACAAUUCCUGAAAGAAAAAGUUAAAGUCAAUGGAAAAACAGGAAACCUGGGAAAUAUAGUUCACAUUGAACGUUUUAAGAACAAGAUCACCGUGUCAUCUGAAAGACAAUUCUCAAAACGGUAUGUGUGUUUUCUUUCAUACAGUACUCUUUUUGAUUUGUUUUUAGCUUCAUUCUAAAGAUGUACAGUAGGA